AAAGAAUUGCUUUUGUGUAUACACACAGAAAAAAAAAUUAAGUGGGCAUGCAAGAAAAUUUGACAAUACAGGAACAGUCGGAAAUUAAAAUACAAAAACUAUACUCAGCGUCAGGUACUUUCUUUUCGAAUAAACUAUUAUAAGUUAUUAUUAUUGUUUUUGUUUGCUAGAGCUUAUUUGGAUUACGGUGUAGUGAUAAUUUUUUUAGUAAAACAUACAUAAUGGAGGAAGAUUUGUUGGCAGCAGCAGGAUAUAUGAAGUGUGUUGCAGCUGCUUUGUCAUUAUAUGCGGCUGCAAAAGAAAAGCAAGAAACAUCAAAUUCUAAAAAAAGGGAAUGGGUUAAGACAUGGAGACUGAAAAGGAUUGAAAAUAGCUCAUUUAAGUUCUUGUAUGAUGAACUUCGUCUGAAUGACAAAGAUAGUUAUCGUCGUUAUUUAAGAAUGGACGAAGAAUGUUUCAAUGAAAUUUUAAAACUUGUGGAACCCUUGAUUCUCAAAGAGACGACUCAAAUGAGAGAUCCGAUUGAUCCUCGAGAAAGUUUGGCCAUGUUACUACGUUUUCUUGCUACUGGGGAAUCUUACAGGAGCUUGGACUUUCAAACCCGGCUAUCGCACUCGUUCAUUAGCAAAUUUAUACCAAGAUGUUGCUCUGCCAUUUAUUCAUCUUUAAAAGGAAGAUAUUUAAAAUUUCCGAGGAGCUUUAUGGAGUGGGAGGAUGUGGCUGAAGGUUAUUCACGUCGAUGGAGUUUUCCAUUGUGUUUAGGUGCCAUGGACGGCAAGCACAUUGGUUUUAGAGCUUCCAAGACGGAUGGUGCUCUAUAUUAUAACUAUAAAGGUUAAAAAAAAAAAAAACAAAAUAUGAGCAAUGAACAAUACCUACCACAG